UGAUCAAGAACCCACGUCACGUCACGUCACGUGACGUAAGUAAGCGCGGGCAUUUCGGAAGAGGCAAGCGAAAGACUGACCGUCCUGACGGAUGACAACAAACCAACCUGAACUUUUUAAAGGAUAAAGGAAAAUCUUGGAAGUGUGAGCCGACUUCACAAAAGCAGCCAUGCUGGAUGGGGCUCAGUUUGUUGGGGCGUUGUCGCAGUUGGGUUACCCACGGGCAUCCUCGUUGAAAGGUUCUGAGUUUGACUGGUUAUUUGACACAGCACCAGAUAACUUGCACCUUUUACGGGUCGUCUGCAACAGACUAAACCGCAGCAAUGUUCUAGCACUGGAGGAAGUGAAGGCAUACAAGGCCCUCCGAGAUUCUGGGAAGUCCAUUUUGGAUGAGGUGACACUGGGUGAACUUCUCAAGACCUGUUCACCCCUGGAUGGAGCCGUAUGGUCACAGGGCUCUUCUGCGCUGAGUCUAGAGGAAGAUGUGUCGAUUGAGGAUCUUGAGAGAGAACUUCAAGCUCUCCACAAGGAGAAGCAACUGAAACAACGCAGACUCAACAAGCUGCAGAUGCUGGCCACAAGCUGGGGGGCAAACUCCUCCACAUCCCAAGCACUGCUGCAAGAAGGAGGGAAUAUGGUAAAGGAUGCCAACUCCGAUCUAGCGGGCGAAAACGCAUGCACCAACUCCGCAGUAGAGAACCUGUCAAAGGAGGCCACCAAACUAGCUGGCUUUUUCCACAGCGACAGUCAUUCCCUCAAGAGUAGAGAUGGAGCGGGUCCACUUUCAUUUGCUCAACCAGGGAUCCCAGUGCUCCUCUCGCAGUUGUCUCUAGAGCCCUUCCUCCAACAGCAACAGCAAUUCACCAAAGUGUUGACUGCCUACACCCAGUGUCAGUUCUUUCAGGGCAUCUCAGAUUUGAUGGAGAUUUCCACAUCCAAACGGUGCCAGCUGACCAAUCUGAGCUGCUGCAGUGAGAGUGAGGAAGAGGAAGAUGAGGGAAUAGUAGAGCACAGAAAGAAGGAGAUGGCACGCCUGCAGUGGGCGUACAUAGUGGCACAGUACCAGCUGCUGAAAGAAAGGGCAUUGGAGAAUGGAGACAAGGCAGUUAAAGAGUGGCUCACCCAGCAACUAAACAGCAGCACAGAGUCUCUGUGCUACUCCCGGGCGAGCUGGCUUGAGCCUGACCUGCGAUCCAAGCUCCUCACCAUUCAGUCUGAAAUUCAGUCUCUAAUGUUAGAUCCAGUCCACUCUGCAUUACGAGAGAGUGCCUGUCUCCUAAAUAUUCCUGUAGUACGUGGUGACCUAGCUCUUCAGAUUGCCAGGCAAAACUACUACACCUCCAGACAGACUGAAGUUUGUGACCAGCUUCUCCGUCAGAAGGUCUCCUUUGAACUUGUGCGCCUGGCCCAGGAUUCGGAGCUCCUUAGGGGAAAGAGACUGAUGGAGCAGCUUGGGGACAUAGUGCAGAGGCUGAAGGGGGCCGUAGAAGCUGCUGAUCAGAGAGAAAAUAUGCUGACUCAGUCUCACUUGACUCAAGUCCCUUACCUUGGACCUAAUGCCAAACAACAGGUCAUCAGCUCCAAGGACACAGCCUUUAGCAGGUUGCUGCAAAUUCUUGAAUUGGGUAAGGCUUCUACAGAGCGAGAGGAUCCAUUCCAAACAUAUGGUAGGCUGGAAGUAGCAGCCUCUAACCUACAGGGGGAGCUGAUCACUGUACAAGAGGCCUUAGAAGGGGCCAGACGAGAGCAGGCCUACACUGGUGCUCGGUUAGAGCGUGAUCGAGAUGCAAUCGACCAAGUGGCAUACUCCGACAUUGUGCAGCCUCUUCUGAGGCCGCAGGUAUGUGCUACAGCCACAUCUGCACUGGAGCUCUGCCCUCAUGCACAGGAACUAACAAUAGUUAUUAAUGAGUUGGAGGUCAAGCAGAAGACUCUGUACAAGCUUCUUGAGGACAUAGUUGGUGACUUGAAGGCCAAACGAGCCAGGCUUGAACGCAGUGCCACUUUAAGAAGAGAAAGAGAACUGUAUGUCUACUUCCACCUAGACCCCAGCAAGCUCAUCAAAGCAGUAAGGGAUAUGGAGACUCGAGUAGGGGUUGUAGGAUAAGAACUUAGGAUCUACUUUGCUGUAUACACCUUGUCUACAUCAGCACAAAUGUACAGAAGUCCAUACUGCAAAGAAAUGGUUGACUAAAAUUUCUAUUAUUAUAAUAUUGUUAUACUCGUGUGUUCUUUUUCUGCAAAAAUUUAGUUCUUUAUGAGAAACUUAACAAUUGUGUUAAUUAUCUUCAGAUUUACUAAU